AUGGCGGCGGUUUGGGCUCAUAUUUUGCGCCGGAGUUUCAGCUCUGCGCGGCAGCUGUUGGCCGCGGCCAGUGGCGAGGAACACCAAGGGGCACGUAUGUGGAAGAUCCUGAGCUUUGUUGUUGCUGUUCCUGGUGUAAGUGUCUGUAUGUUGAACUGCUACCUGAAGGCGCAGCAGCACAGCCACGAGAGGCCAGUCUUCGUUCCUUAUGAUCAUCUCUGCAUCAGGAACAAACCAUUCCCUUCGGGUGAUGGGAAGCACAGUUUCUUCCACAAUCCCCAUGCUAAUCCUCUGCCCACUGGCUGGGAAGAUGCAGAGGAGCACUGAA